UUUGACUAAAAGGAGUUUUCAAUUGCCAUCUCUCAAGAGAAAACUUCUUAGAGCGAUUGGGAAAUUAUUUCAUGCYCACGGUUAUGCUAUUAUAUCUGGUUUUAUAUUGUUCUCCGUCCUCAAGGCCAAUGGAAAACAAUACCGUGACAAACGCUUAACUAAACGCAUCAGGGUAUAGACGAUACCUGAAAGCACUAAACUGCAUAUAUAAUAAUCCAUCCAUUGGAUGGUCAAAACCAUUCGUUCUCGCGAAGAUAAAUCACACAGUGAAAGUGACCUGAAGAAGCAAUCCGGCCAGAAAGAUUGAAGUUGUGCUCUCUUGGCUUUAACGAGCUUCCACUCUGUUCUCAACACAAUGUCUAAAGCAUCCAGCCCCUCAAAGAAUAAAUCCAAAGGAGAUGAAAGUAAGAAAAAAARGUGUCGAACGCUAAGCUUUAAAGUCUUUGGUCGAUUGAAGAUUGAAAUCAACCCAAUCGUAACUUUCGUCUCGGCUAUCAUAAUAUGGGGGUUCGUGGUCUACUGCUUACGAUGGACCGAUCAAGCCAAAGCUGAAAUUCCAAAAUGGAAAGAUUGGAUCACUCUAACUUGGACCUGGYUGUACAUUGGUACCCAAGAUGUGUGGGCAGUCUUUAUCUUGUAUCUACUCUUCUCCAAGUAUAGCAAGAUCAAGCUUGGAAAACCCGACGAGAAACCAGAGUUCUCUGAUGCCACAUACUUUACGAUGUUGUUUGCGGCAGGGAUCGGUGUUGGUUUGUUCUAUUAUGGCGUCGCUGAACCCAUAUAUCAUUACGAACCAAGUCACUCGACACCGUUUGCCAAUCGUUAUCAAGGAAGGUAUUCUGACAAUCAAAGAGCUCAAGAUGCUAUCAACAUCACGAUUUUCCACUGGGGAGUACAUGGAUGGGUCGUCUACACUUUGAUCGGCCUCAUUCUAGGAUUCCUGUCCCACAACAAAGGUAUGCCAAUGACCAUGAGAUCCUGCUUUUAUCCUCUUAUUGGCGACAAGAUCUACGGCASAUUUGGUGACRUYAUUGACAUCCUGUCCGUUGUGUGCACGAUGUUUGGAGUUUGUACMAGUCUUGGUCUUGGUGUCAUCCAGCUCAACAGUGGAAUUCAUCGUAUGAAUAGCAGCAUCCCAGAAAGUAGGGAAAGUCAGGUGGUUAUCAUCUGGUGCAUCACAGCUUUGGCCACUGCGUCUGUUAUCAGCGGCAUCAAACUGGGAAUCCGUCGACUAAGUGAGAUCUGCUUCUCUAUUGGAAUGUUUCUUUGGUUUGUUGUUUUCUUUUAUGACGACACCUGGUACAUCUUGAAUCUCUUCGUCCAAUCAGUUGGCUAUUAUCUACAGUGGUUGGUUCAGUUGGGAUUCCACACCGAUGCAUUUGCACAACAAGGAGAUGCGCCCGAUAAGAAGCAYGMACCAACAUGGAUGAAUGMMUGGACAAUCUUCUAUUGGGGAUGGUGGAUCGCCUGGUCACCUUUUGUAGGAAUUUUCAUUGCCAGAAUYUCMCGYGGUCGCACAAUUAAAGAAUUCAUCAUGUACACACUGACCAUCCCAACAGUUUACUCCUUGAUGUGGUUCUCAGUCUUUGGUGGUGCGGGUCUUCGCAUGGAGAGAGCUGCUGCWAAUGCCAAUAUCACCUGYWCCUCASYWYUUGGWGGYWHAHWCUCYAMYRMAUCCUAUCAUGRUCUUUAUCGUCUGUCGUGUMGGCCUUCAACCAGYAUGUGGUUUGACRUGAUGGAUCAGUAUGGUGGACUUGGACCGUUCCUCUCUGGAAUGUCCAUAGUUGGMUURAUUCUDUACUUYGUGACGAGUUCAGACAGCGGUUCUCUUGUGAUUGACAGCCUCUCAGCCAAUGGUCAUCCAGAUCCCCCAGUUCUUCAAAGAAUCUUCUGGGCUUUGACAGAAGGUGCCACCGCUACCGCUUUACUUUGGACUGGAGGGACUGUUGCCCUUUCAGCCUUACAAGCAGUGUCCAUUUGUUCUGGUCUUUUCUAUACGGUAGUACUGAACUUUGUCUGUGUGGCGCUGUGGAGACUAUUGAAGAUUGAGAUGGGAGACAUGGAUCCCAAUGGACCACAGUUCUCCAUGGGUCUUCUUGACAUCUUCUACCAAGUACCAUCUUGUAAGCUGUUGUUUAGGCUGUUUGUUGCCAUCAUUGCUCCCUGGUAUCCAAUCGGUAAUGCAGCAGGAAAGGUGUACGGAUCCAACCGUUAUGUUGCCAUGGUGUGCCUUGCAAUUCCAUUUUAUGCCUGGAUUGUCUUGGAAAUCCUUCAGGUAGUGGAACCUGGUUUGGCAUACGUAGGAUGGGCUGUGCUGUUURGUUUCAUAGCUUACGGUACUGGUAUUCGUGCCCACAUUCGAGAGAAGUACAACAUCGUCGGCAACCUUGGUGAAGACAUGUUUGCCAUGAUGCUUGCCUAUCCCCUUGCUGCUUUACAGAUGAAUGAGCAAAUGAAUUUACCUCCUUCAAAGAACGACUUCUCUGCCUCGUCGAUCACCCUUGAUGUUGUUGAUGAAAAAGAGGGUGUGUCUGCAUCAAGGGAAACAAUGACUCAGUUGUGAAUUGACUCAUAAGAUUUGUUUGAACSAGGAUUAACUUUGAUUGAAUUGAAAUAUAGAUCUACUACUUUAAUAAUUGCGAUUUUCAAAGAGAAUUGCGAGUUACAUGCACAUUUGCGUGUUAACGUUCUCUUUAUCUUGUACGAAAGUGUAUUUAAUAUAUGUAAAAGAAAUUCAAUUUAAUAUUGACAAUUAAAUUCAUGUGAUAUGAAUCAGGUCGAGCUUCGUAGAGGCGCCUUUUCAUAUUAGUCAUAUUAGGUCUUUUGUCAUAGAAAAACUAGUGUUAUUUUUGAAUCCUAUAAACCCCCUAACCCUGGGACAUUAAGUUGCUACCUCAACGCAUGUCAACAGAACUCUAGCGCCGAUAUCGCAGCAUGGUUGGACGAAAACGUUUCUUUUCUGGGUUGUCUGCACGUGAACACAUACGUUCAUGAUCCCUCUCGAAUGAUUAAUGAGUUUUUGAAGUCGUUGAAGGGCCUUCACUUAGGUCUUCGCGUGAUGUUAAAAACUGUAACGGACUACUUCAAUAUCUACUUUAGCUAUAUUCUGAACUCCAAUCGGACCACUAUAUAAGAUAAAACAGUAUAGUAAGAUAAUCAGACAAAGAUGGAACUAAUAACGGAAUACUCUCCUUCAUUGUUUUCUGCACCUCUUGAUAGGUAGUCUUACUUUUGCAUCAAAGCAAUAAGACCGUUUGAGAGUGCAAUGCAGAAAACGUCUUCUACAACUACAGACAAUUAUUCAUAUAU